CGGGGCGGGCGGGCGGCGGCAUGCCAGAGAUUUGCCGUGCCGGCCGGCCCCUCCGCCGCCCGCCAUGCGGCGGCUCCCGCUGCCGCUGCCGCUGCUGCUGGCCGGGCUGGGGCUGGGGCUGGGGCUGGGGCUCGGGGGGGACCCGGAUCCCGGAGGCCCCUCGGGAGCGCAGUGCCUGGAGCACGAUUGCUUCGGGGUGUUCUGGUCGGCGCUGCCGUUCGCGGAGGCCGGCGCGGAGUGCCAGCGGGGCGGCGGGCACCUCAUGACCGUCCGGUCCACCGUGGCGGAGGACGCGAUCGCUUUGCUGCUGCAGAACCGCAGCGGGAAUCUGUGGCUGGGGCUGCGCCUCGGGCUGCCCUGCACCGAGCCGACCCAGCGCCUCCGCGGCUUCCAGUGGGUGACCGGCGACCGCAGCACCGAUUACUCCAACUGGGCGCCGUCGGGGCGGCAGUGCGGGGAGUUCUGCGUGACCGUGUCCAGGGAGCUGCGCUGGGAGGAGCGGCCCUGCGAGGCUCCCGCCGACGGCUUCCUCUGCGAGUACAACUACUGGGGGAGCUGCCCGCGGCUGCCGCCCGCCGACGGGCUCCCCGUCGUGUACACCACCCCGUUCGGGGCCAGCGGCGGGGACUUCCUGGCUCUGCCGCCCGGCAGCGCGGCCGUCAUCGCGGCCUUGGGGCUGGAGCUGCACUGCGAGGAGGACGGGGAGAGCGGGCGGCUGCGCUGGGGCCGCCCGGAGCUGGGGCCCUGGGCUUGCCGCUUGGACAACGGGGGCUGCGACGGGGCGUGCGAGGAGGACAGCGGGCAGGCGCGGUGCUCCUGCCCCGAGGGCAAAGUGCUGAGCAGCAACGAGCGCGGGUGCCGCUCGCCCUGCGCCGGAGCCCCGUGCCAGCACCACUGCGUGGUGGCCGGCUCCACCUUCGUCUGCAUGUGCGAGGCCGGGUACCUCUUGGCCGCCGACGGCAGCAGCUGCGAGGACGACGAUGACUGUGCCGUGGUGCCCAGCGUGUGCGAGCAGGUCUGUGUCAACACCGAGGGCGGCUUCGAGUGCCACUGCCACCGCGGGUACGCGAUGGUGGACGGGCACUGCCAGGCGCUGCCCAUGUCCCGCUGCUACAAAGCACCCUGCGAGCAGCAGUGCGAGGAGGUGCCCGACGGGUACCGCUGCGGCUGCUUCCCCGGCUACGCCAUUGACCCCCGGGUGCCCACCCACUGCGUGCUGCACUGCAACCGCAGCCAGUGCCCGGCCAAGUGCGACCCUUACACCCUGUCCUGCGAGUGCCCCGAAGGCUUCGUGCUGGACAACGCCGACAACAGGCAGGUCUGCAUGGACAUCGAUGAGUGCGACAUGAACUUCUGCCAGCACAACUGCACCAACUACCCCGGCGGCUUCGAGUGCCACUGCCCCGCCGGCUACCGCCUCGUGGACCAGACUGACUGCGCUGAGAUCCUGGGGGAGGACGGGGAAGGAGCCUACUCAGGGGAUUUUGGGCCCGGACCCCAACUGCCCGUCCCCAGCCGGACCCCCCCGAAGGCACAGCACCUUCACCCCGGUGCCCUGGUGGGUAUCACUGUGGGCGUCCUCUCCGCAGCGCUGGCUCUGCUGGCCCUCGCCUACCAUCUGGCGAGGAGGUGCUGCAGGGCCCCCGCCACCAUGGAUUACAAGUGCAAUUGUCCCCAUGAGAAGGAGAUGGGACUGCAGCCGGUCACCUCGGGGUGCGCAGCAGCCAGCCAGAAGGGGUAGGGAGACCGGGCAGGACAGGCAGAGGGAGGUGGAUGGAACUGGGUAACAUUCACUAACAUUCACUCUCCCCAUCCCCUGCAGUCUUUGAGGGAUAAAAAGAGUUUGGGAAAAGCUGUGAUUCCCCCCCCCCCAUCCCGAAACAGUCCCUGCUUUCCAGCCGGCUCCUGCAAUAUUCACCCCAGAGAGCAGGGAAGGUGGAAGGGCUGCUUGGUUCCUCUCCCUUUGCAGGCAGUGUGGGGGUUCAGCUUUCCUUGCCCUUUUCCAGGAACCCGGGGGGGGGUUCAAGGGGAGCCCUCGUGUGUUACAGGAGGGAGGUCUCCUUCUGGAUGUGACUUGUAAGUCUGUACCUAUCAUGGGAUGAGAGCUGCGCUGGCUGAGUUGCUGCUACCCAGGGAAGGUCGCUUGGCCCCAGAUCCCGCUCCCUUCACUGGGAAGCUGGGAUGGAAUGGAUGGCAUUCCCGGAGUGGCAAAGAGAUGGGAUGCCCCUGCCUUUGUGUUUGCGUUAGUGGGUUUAAACCGACCGGUGAUGGCAGAAGGAGCAAAGACCUCGUGCUCAGCACUCUGCAACACUCCCAGCUUUCUUCUGCUGCCCCCCCUUUUGCCUCUUGCCUCUGGCAGCUGAGCACUUUCCACCUUAAAUCAGUACCGACAGCAGGGGCCCUGCUGCGGUCAGGCAGGGCUAAACCACUUGAUUUCUCUUCCCUUUUACCAUUUUGGGGCUGUUUUGGUGUGGGCAGAGGUUAAACGUGGACACUGAGACUGCCGGGGUCACGUUUUCCAUGGCAGGAACGGUCGUUCCCAGCCUCGUCUUCCCCAUCCCAUUCCUUCCAUGAUUUUCUGCCCUUGGUGCCUUAAAACGCUGUGGUUUUCUUUACAAACCCACAGCACGGACCCCUCCUGCCCACAGGGUUUUGUCCUUUGGGCUUGCCCAGGGCUGAGUCUAACCCAUGUUGAAGCCUAUGGCAAAACCUUCCAGGGGGGGCCACGAUCCACCCUGCUGCAUGCUUCCCAUCCACAGAUCAUCAGGAAAAGCAUUUGGGGUGUUUUUCCAUCCCCGUUGUUCCAUGGGGAUUCCCAGGGCAAAGCCUGAGUGGUGUUGGGAGCCGGAGCGGCUGCGGGGUGAGUGGUGGGAGCGGGUGCUGACAGCUUUAUGCCCAUGAGAUAUCACCCUGCAGCAGGGCUUGGCUUUCCCACAGGAAGCUUUGGAAGGCCGGGGUCAGCGCUUGGGAGGGCUGGAUGCUGCAGAGGGGUGAAGGGCUCGGGGCAGGGGGGUGGUCCUGUCUGUCCUUAUGUGCUAAACAACAAGCAGCAUCCCCCCCCCUCCCCGUUCCCAUAUGAUAGAGCUCCUCUGCAGCCUCCAAGGGAAAUAAAAGACACCCAUUGUAUAAAUCAAAGCUUUCCUAAUGUAAAUGGUCCAAGCCCCUGUUUUAUACACCCGGCACGUUUGUAAAUACUUAUUUAUUUAUUGGAAAUAUACCCUCUGCAAUGCACAAUCCCAUGUGUAGACAAAUAAAGCUGGUUUACAGAAA